ACUGGUCGGUGCUGCUCUGACGUUCUUAUCUGCAGUUUUAUGUUUCCAGUUUCUCUGAAAUGAAAAACAAACUUGCAGCUGAAUUUGGCGGUCUGGUGAACUAAUUAAUGGAUGUAAAUUAUUCUUCUUUGUUGGUUGUAAACUUUUUAAUGGGUGGGUCAUUUGGAUCUUUUUUGCUAACUUGAGGGGUUUAGUUUAACCCUGAAAGUCUUGACCUGAUCUGAGGCUGAUGGGAUGAAGAGGCUGAUGCAGAAUGUGUUCGACUGGAGGACGGCUGAUGACGUGAUGAUCUGUGAAGACUCAGGGAGGUGGAGGGUCGCAUGUAUCGACGGCAUGAAUGAACUGGAGGUAGAGGAAGCCGUAUUUUAAAAAGACAGCAGCUAUAUGAUUGGCUAACAGGAGGGAGUGGAGCAGUGCCACCGGGCAGAUGUGACCAGGUGUUGUGAACAGCUGACGAUAACAGGAACCUGUGUGAUAGCGUGGAGGAGUGCAUGUGACCCCUUAGUGAUCAGUUGGUUCUGUGUGAUCACAGACUGAAUAUGAGAAAUGGACGUGACACCACCUGUUGCAAUGUGAAUCACAGCUUUGAAUUUAAGACCCUCGCCAUCUUGGUUUAGGUGCCAGAAGUGACCAUAUAUGGGGCUACCUGUGAUUGACGACUUGUCAAUCACAGGUAGCCCCGCCCUAACGCCUCUCCUGCUUUCUGGUCUCUGUAUCUCUUUUGAGACUGCUCCCCUGUCAUCACAUCUCAUUUGGUGUAAUAUUUCGAUGGCGUGAUAUUGGUGUCACACUGAGUUUGGGCGUGGCGGAAGCGCGAGAGAGCACGGCACAGCUGGAGCUCCACAUACACACCCAGUCAGACAUGCACACACACACACACACACACACACAGCCUCUGUUACUACCUCUGAAGACUGUAAAUUGUUCUGCAUCCAUUAACAUAAAGAAUAAUAAUAAUAUAAAUUCCUGAGAGGAUGACUAAUGACCACAAGCGACUUCUUGAUCCGUCCAGUGAAGAGACAGCUGUGUCAUGUUGAGAAAUUAAAACUGAUCUGAAAGCUUCUAAAAGGAAGUAGAGAGCGCGAGAGGUGACUAACCAAAGAGAUAUUUUUGAGGCAGAGAACAAGGAACUCAGUGUUUGAACACGCUGCAGUCAGAGAGGACGGAGAAGUCUGAAGGCUCAUAAAGUGGUCUCCGGUUGUGAUGCCAUGAUGGAGGCUCAGAACAACAACCAGCCGACGUUAGACAACCUGAACAACCUGUACAAGCUGGCUGCUCAGGACGACCAGAAGAACAUGUCCGGCCGUAAGUUCUGCUGCUCGAUGUCGAACUUUCAGAUCGAGAAGAAGAUCGGCCGGGGUCAGUUCAGUGAGGUGUAUAAAGCCACGUACCUGCUGGAGGGUCAGCUGGUCGCUCUCAAGAAAGUCCAGAUCUUUGACAUGAUGGACGCCAAGGCUCGUCAGGACUGCGUCAAAGAGAUCGACCUGCUCAAGCAGCUGAAUCAUCCCAACGUGAUCAAAUACCUCGACUCCUUCAUUGAAGACAACGAGCUCAACAUCAUCCUGGAGCUCGCCGACGCAGGAGAUCUGUCCCAGAUGAUCAAGUACUUUAAGAAGAAGCGGCGGCUCAUCCCAGAGAGGACGAUCUGGAAGUACUUUGUGCAGCUCUGCAGCGCUCUGGAGCACAUGCACUCACGCAGGGUGAUGCACCGCGAUAUUAAGCCCGCCAACGUGUUCAUCACAGCCUCGGGGGAGGUGAAGCUGGGUGAUCUGGGGUUAGGACGAUUCUUCAGCUCCAAAACGACAGCAGCUCACUCCUUAGUGGGGACGCCGUACUACAUGUCGCCCGAGAGGAUCCAUGAGAACGGCUACAACUUCAAGUCCGACAUCUGGUCUCUGGGCUGCCUUCUGUACGAGAUGGCGGCGCUGCAGAGUCCGUUUUAUGGAGACAAGAUGAACCUGCUCUCUCUGUGUCACAAGAUCGAGCAGUGUGAUUACCCUCCGCUGCCAGGCGACCAUUACUCAGAGAAGCUGCGGGAACUGGUGAGCAUGUGCAUCAGCCCGGAUCCAGACCAGCGCCCGGACAUCGUCUUUGUGCUGCAGAUCGCCAAACAGAUGCACAUGUGGACCUCCAGCACCUGAGGGGGCGGACUCUGCUCAGUCUGAGGACCUGAAGCACUGGGAGUCAGAUCUGCCUGGUCUCACCUGGACGGGAGGGGAAACCACGGACAGACUUGACAGACUUGUAGAGUGGACGGCGGUGUUUCGACAUCGCAGACACUUCUUUUGUGUCCUGGAUGAUGUGAGGAGGAGAUGGGUGGUGUUACACGUUUUGAAGGUGGAGUUUAUGAAGCCAGAUCUGAUCAUGUGAGAGGAGGUCGGUGAUCUGCAGAGGGUCUUUCUAUCAAAGGUCACAGGGGUCCAUUCCAUGUUUAACCCCUGAGUGAGUGACAGGUGACGGUCUGUAUUCAUCACCCGUCUUAUAAUCACAUCAUACGUCUGCUUCAUAUCGUCAGACAGAGUGCUUCAUGUAGACGACUGGAUGGACCAUUAGAGAACACUUCAGUUAUCAUGUCUGAUUCUUUAAUGCAGCUUUAAUGAUGUUCGCUUUCAGGGAGGAAACUAGCUUUAGAAUAUCUUCAGUAGGUAAGUCAGCAGGUCUGUCAUCACGUUUAAGCUGAUUCAGAGCAUAGAACAGGAAGUAAACGUAAAAAAACAGAGCAACAUUUGUAUAAUGAUGUUGACACUUUAAACCUAAACGGAGUCGUGAAAGUGGAAUAGUAAAUAAAGACGACAUAAGGGUUGUAAAAAAGAUUUUGUCACCAUAAAAGAAUCCACCAAUCAAACAGUAAUUGAGCAUUAUGUAACUCUGACCCCUAGUGGUUAAAAUGGGUACUGCAGUCCAAAUUCUAAACAUUGUAGAGAGCUGCCCCCCCCCCCGCCCCCUCCUCUCUAGAGUCAAUGCUCACACAGGUCACCAUGUGGUGAACACUGAAGCUUCAGUGUUUAUCCAGCUCUGCAUCGGUCUGUAAACCUUUCUGUGUUCUAACCUCUCUCCAUUUUUCAAAAACAUCUCCAAUAUUGAUCCUAGUUUGAGCACGUUUCUGCUCGUGGAGCUUAUUAGAAACAUGCAGAGGCUUUUUAGGUCGGGUACAAUCACUUCUAUCUGAACCACUUCUCUUGCCCGUUUCCAUCACUGCAACACCUGUUGACCUGAUAACUGCUCUCAUAUCUGACAAACUGAGGGGCAUCCAAAACGACCGUGUGGGGGGUGUCUUAAAACCGGCUACCUUCUCUGGUCCAAACAAAUCCAGAUCAUUCAGGACCAGAAUCUAAAGUUAGAAGGAGGACAUACUGGAAAAACUUAAAAUUCCGAUCUUCAGUUAUUAGUUAACCCAAAAGCUGCAGCGAGAGAGAGAGAGAGAGAGCACUGUCUGAAUUUAACAAAUAAGUUGGCAACAUUUCCGUUCUAAAAUCUUUUUUUAAUACCAUGUUUUAAAACAAUACAAACUCUGUUGUUUUCAUGAUUGACAG